AUGGAAGCUAUUUCUAAUGAUUUUUCUUGGUCAUGUCUUAAAACCAGAGGAAAAAUUCCACCUUCUAGAGAUGGUCAUACUGCCUGUGUUACUGAUGAUUAUAUGUAUAUAUGUGGAGGAUUUUUAAAGAAUCUCAGUUCUGAAUUUUUAGAAGUUUAUCAAUUAAAUUUCAUUACUCUUGAAUGGGAAUAUCUGUAUAUUAAGAUUUGCUUUGUAGAUUUCUACAGCUUCAAGAGUCCUGAUGAAAGUGAUACUUAUGAUUUUUCUUGGUCAUGUCUUAAAACCAGAGGAAAAAUUCCACCUUCUAGAGAUGGUCAUACUGCCUGUGUUACUGAUGAUUAUAUGUAUAUAUGUGGAGGAUUUUUAAAGAAUCUCAGUUCUGAAUUUUUAGAAGUUUAUCAAUUAAAUUUCAUUACUCUUGAAUGGGAAUAUCUGUAUAUUAAGAAUAAUGUACCAUAUUGGAAAGAUUUUCAUUCAGCUGUAUUUAUUGAUAAGAAAAUGUAUCUAUUUGGUGGACAACAAUUGAAAAGAAAACAAAAAAUUUGCAGUAAUGAAUUAAUUUACCUAGAUACUGAAACAAUGACAUGGAAUUAUUUGUAUCCAAAAGGAAAUGUUCCUCAAGGAAGACGUAGUCAUUCAGCUUUUGUGUACAGAAAAAAUAUGUAUAUAUUUGGUGGAUAUAACAGUAUUGCUAAUCAAUUUUUCAAUGAUUUAUAUUUAUAUAAACCAACUGAUAACACAUGGGAAUUAGUAAGAACAAUAGGAAAAGGACCUUCUCCAAGACGACGGCAAUCUUGUUGUAUUAUAGAUGAUCAAGUGGUAAUAUUUGGAGGAGCAAGUCCUAAAACAUCACCUUCUGCUAAAUUUUCACUUGAAACAAAUAAUUUUAUUGAUAAAUAUUUGAUCUAUCAAGAUGAUAUUUUUAUGCUGAAUUUGUUUUUACCUUUGAAAACAUUGUCUAUGAUUAAAAUUAUUAAUGAAAAUAUAGAUAUUAGUAAACUUCCAGAGUUUCUGAGAAAAGAAAUUUUUAAAUACUGUAAAAACCAACAUGAAUGCAUUUGAUAUAUUAUGUUCAGUAACUUGAAGAAAGAAAAUAUCCUUUAUUUCAAUAAUAAAUAUAUUAUAUAUAAAGAUUGAAAUCUCUAUUAUUAUAAAUAAUUUAUUCAUGUGGGAAACUAUAUUAAAAA